UCUGUUAGGUAUAUAUUAGGUAUGUCAUGUUAAUUCGUAUUAUGAAAAUUUAACAUAUAGUUUUUCAUCAAUCACAUGACUUAUAUCUGUAUACACGUCUGAUAUAAAGUCCAGGUAAAUAAAACGAUGACUAGACACGUGUCCAUACAUGUAUUCUAAAUGAUUACGACGAAAACACAAUUACAUCAAAAUGGACGAGUUGCAAGUUUCCAGUUAUGAGGGAAUUGGAAUUAGAUUCUUUAUUUUGAUAUUUGCUGUAACUCUUGUGCUAGUUAAAUUUUUUCUGAAACUUUGGAAUGAUUUGUAUCUUUCUCCACCGGGUCCGUGGGGAUUUCCUAUUCUUGGACAUUUACCGCUACUUGGAAGUAAUCCAGCGAGAACAUUAAUGAACAUAUCUAGAACUUACGGUGACGUGUUUAGAAUUCGCAUGGGAAGUUGGCCAACAAUUGUUUUAAACAGCAGAGAGGCAAUACGUGAAGCAUUGAUGGACCAUGGAGAAGUGUUCUCAGAUCGCCCAGAAUUUUACACGGGAAUAAGUUUAUAUAACAUGAAGGGUUUAUCAUUUGGAUCGUACACCCCUCGUUGGAAAAUGCACCGAAAAAUUGCAAAUCACGUUCUCAGACAAUUUGUUUCGGCCAAAAAAAACCCAACAGAGGACGUAAUUAAUAAAGAAAUAGAAACGGUCAUUAAGAGCUUUCUUGAAAGAAAAGGAAACCACUUCAGUCCACAUGACGACAUAUUUUUAGGAAUAGGCUGUAUAAUAUAUCAACUUUGUUUUGGGUCUGCAAGAAACUGUUGUGAGGAUAAAAACUUUUUGCAGUUAAUCAAAAAUACAAAAAUAUUUGUCGAAACGGCCAGAUCGGGAAACCCACUUGAUGUUAUGCCAUGGUUGAGAUUUGUAAUGCCCUGGAAAGCUAUACGAUUUCAGAAAUUGGUAGCAUUGAACAGAACGGUGGUUUCUUCUGAAGUCAAUGAACAUGUGAAGUCAUAUGACAAUAACAAUCACAGGGAUAUCACGGAUGGAUUGAUUUCCGCCGCGGAACAAUACGGAAAUUCGCCAGAACUUUACAAUGGAAUUACAAAAGAGGAGAUUUUGUCAUCUUUGACAGACUUUAUAGGUGCUGGAUUUGAAACCGUUUCGACAACGCUAGAAUGGAUCAUAUUAUAUAUGUCAUACCACAAUGAAGUACAAAGACGAGUACAAGAGGAAAUAUACUCCGUGAUUGGUGAUAGAAAGCCGAAGCUAACAGACAAAGGAAAACUUCCGUUUACCGAAGCUACGAUAUUAGAGGUAACCCGAGUGGCUAAUGUGUUACCAAUGGCGAUUCCACACUCAACGACAACCGACACUGUGUUCCGAAACCACAAAAUUAAGAAAGGUACUGUUGUGUUUUGCAAUACAUAUGCCGCAGCUAGGGAUCCUAAACUAUGGACAAAUCCCGAAAAGUUUUCACCAGAAAGGUUUUUAGACAGUCAUAACCAAAUUAAUCAACAGAAAGCAGACGAAGUUCUCACAUUUGGUAUUGGACGAAGGCGGUGUCCUGGAGAAUUUCUUGCAAAAAUGGAAAUAUUUUUGUUUGUUGUCAAUAUUUUCCAAAGAUUUGAAAUAGAAUUGUGUUCAGAACCUAAUUUUGAACCAAUUUUUGGAUUAAUUAGCAGGCCAGUGUCUUAUCAGAUUAAAAUGACCGAAAGAUGUUAGAAUGUAUUCAUCUUUAUCCACUUUUAAUUCGUACAAAUAAUCUGUUACAAGUAUAAGUUAUAUUUAGAAAAUACACACAUAUAUAUAUAUACAUUAUAUUAAAAUGUAUUUAGUAUA